AUGCUGCGCUCUGUGUCCAAAGCCCCCCAGUGCCUCCCCCCUGUACUCUUCGGACGUACCUCGCAUGUACCUUUUCUUUGGCAACUUUGGUUUUCUUUCACUCCUUCACUUUUAGCGCGCUGUCUGAGCGGGAUCAUCUGGCUUUGGCGUUCUCUCUCUGGUCUAUCUUCUCUUGCUGUCUUUUGUUUCUACAGUCUAAUCUUCGCACACCCCCUACAAGUCUCGAUCCCCGGGAGCAUUGCUUUCCGUACGAUGGCAAGUAUUAGCUAG